UAUCGGUUUCUCGGGGGUCAUUCAUAUCAAACAGCCAACAAAAACUAAACAUCUCUCUCUCUCCACCACUCAAAUUUCUCUCUCGCUGCUUUCAAUGGCUUCCUUGCUCGAUUCAGUCACCGUUACCCGCGUGUUUUCUCUCCCGAUCACUUCCUCGAUUUCGUCUGCUUCAAAGGCUCCCUCAGUUUCCGCUCUGCGGAUUCCGGAAUUCAGAGGUUUGAAAGCUUCCCGACGGAGUUCGGUGACUCAGUCAGCUAGCUUUGUUACGAAUCUCGGAUCCCGAUUUGCUCGUGGUGGUAGAAUCGUCUGCGAGGCUCAGGACACCACUGCCGCAGCCGUCGAAGUACCAAACAUCUCUGAUUCAGAAUGGCAAACACAGGUUCUCGAGUCAGACGUACCAGUACUGGUCGAGUUUUGGGCACCGUGGUGUGGACCUUGCCGUAUGAUUCACCCCAUUGUUGACCAACUGGCCAAAGAUUUCGCAGGCAAGUUCAAAUUCUACAAAAUCAACACCGACGAGUGCCCAAACACAGCCAACCGUUACGGUAUACGCAGCGUUCCCACGGUGAUCAUAUUCAAAGACGGUGAGAAGAAAGAUAGUAUCAUCGGAGCUGUCCCUAAAGAGACGUUGGAGAAAACUAUAGAAAGAUUCGUGGUCGAGUAACUAAACAAAACAAAAAAAAAAACAAAUUUCACUCAUGUCUUCUGUGUUGUAUAAUUCUUCAUAAGGUCUCUUUUGACUA